AUGGGCGCCCAGGCCAUUCCCGACUGCACCGGUUACAGCACUGCAAUCAUCAAUGCACUCGACACAUCGCUCACGCGGGAUGAACUCGGAUCCCUCGAGAUCUACCUUGCACUACUACUACCGAUCGUGAGGAAAUACCGAGAGGAACGCCGAGAGACAGCCGCCGUCUAUUGCUUCCUCCUGAACCGCUGGCAAUUCCUUCGGGACGCAGAGAACGAUCUGGCGAAUGCGCGACUCAACGAGACCAGGGCAUAUGCAUGCGAGAUUGUGGCGACCAAGUAA